AUGAAAUCAUCUUCGUUGUCAUCAAUUUAGCAGCCUAAAAAAGAACUUCUUCGAAAUAAUUCCCAAAAUAAAAAGAAUUCAGGUAUUUUGAGUUAAAGGAAUUAAUCAUUUAAGGAUUCCUCUAUUUCAAGAGAGACUUAGCAGUCAUCAUAUUAUGGUGAUGAAUAUUAAAAGCUAUUUGAUACAAUUUAGAGACUUGAAGUUGAGAACAACGAAAAAGAUUUAGCUAUUGAAAAGGCAACGUAGAUUAUUGACGUGUUAAGUAAAGAUCUUGAAAAUGCUACUAAUGAGCUUUAGAAGCUAGAUCAAAAUCGUUAAGAGUUAAAAGAUAAACUUAAGCAAUUAGAGAUAGAAAAUAAUGAUUUAAAUUAGCUUAUAGAAAAACUUAGAAGUGAAGAUGCAAGCCUAUAAACAGCGAGCUUUGAAAAUGAACCUUAGAACUUAAAUUAUAAUAGUGGAAAUUAUUUAAGUCAAACAAAUAAUCUUUUGAACUUAAGCGGCAUAAAUAAAAGUGGACACCCAAAUUCUACUUUAUAAUUAGGAAAUAACUCAAUUACACAAAGUGAUAAAUUUUAUAAUGAAGAAAAAGUUAAAAUAAAUUAAAUGAUAGACGAAUAUGAAUAAAUCAUAGACGAGCUUAACUAAAAAAAUAACGAUUUAGAAUAGCGCUUAUAACAGUCUUACAUUUAAAUAUAAAAUGCUAAUAAUUAGUUAAAUGAGAAACAGAACUAAUUUGCUGAAGAGUAGUUAAAAUGGAAAAAAGAAAACGAAAACUUAAGGGAUAGGGCUGAAAAGCUUAAGAAAUUAUUGCAACAGAAUAAAGUUCAUUUGAGAAGUUAUUAGAUUUCUGUUACAACUCCUUUAAGCAAAAGUAGAAUAAGAAGUGGUUUUUAUGCAAAUAAUGACUAUUUAUUAAGCAAAAGAAAUGAGAGAUCACUUAUGGAAUAAAGUAAAAGUGAUAUUAGUAUUAGUGAAAUAGGAACAGACGAUUAAAAUAAUACUUGUAGAAAUGGCAGUGAUAAUCAUUCAUUCUUAUAAAGUACAUAGAAAUUUAAUAGUCCUAUUUUUAGGAUAAGGGAAGAAGCUGAAAACGAGGAAGAAACAAGCAGCUGCAGAAAUAGUAAGCAAAGCUCUUUAAAUAGUUCAAAGAAAAGAGGUAAAUCUUAGCAAAACUCAAGAAGAUCAAUGGAAAUAUCUAAUUAAAAGAGAUCUUCUUCGUUAAAUUCAUCCAAACAAAGCUUAAAGGGUUAUCCAUAACAAUAAAUUAAUCAUGCUGAUUAAGAAAAUAUAUAAUAGUAUUAUUUAGGUAAAGACCCAAAUUAGUUUAGUUAGAAUAAUUAUGCAAAGCAAUAGUUAUAAAAGAGUCCAUAAGAUAUUGAAAGAAAUUAGAACUAAAAUAUAAAGGUGUUUGAUGAAGGUUAGGCUUAUUCAAAUAGAGACGAAGAAGAAGAUGAUGAAAUAGGCAUAUAAAAUAAUAAGAUUGGUGAUACUCAAAUUAAUCUGAAUUAAUUAGCAUCAAACAAUGAAAGCAGAAAAAUGGAGCAUUACAUAAAUAAUUCAGAGCCUUUCUUUGGUAAUUCUCCUAAUCCAUUUGAUUCUGUUAAGUUUAACUCUCUUUAGAAUUCAGCAGAUAAAUGUCAAUAACAAGCUAUGGGAUAACCUUUGAAUAAUAGCAAUAAUAAGUUAGAAAAAGCAUGCAUGAAUACAACUAAUCCUUUACAACAAGAAGAAGACUUUGAAAAAUUUGAAAAUGAAUUCUAAUAAGAACUUGAGAGAAGGGAAUAAUAACUUUAUUAGUAAUUCGAAGAAAUAUUGAGUAGAUAAGUAGGAGAAAAGAAUUAAGAAUUAGAGGAAUUAAAGAGUAAAAUAGUAGAGUUAAACUAAUUAAUAAAUACCUUAAAAGUAGAUCUUGCAGAGAAAGAAAAAGCCUUAUUAAACUCGAACAAAGAUAAAGAAGAUUACAUUGAUCUUUAUGCAAAAACUUCUCUUGAAAAUGAGAAUAUUUUAAAAUAAAAAUAUGAACAAGAGAUAGAUUCAAUUUUAAAUAAACUAAAAUAGGCUGAAGAAAAUCUUAAUAGCUAAUCCAAGUUAAACAACUCGCUAUUAGAAUAAAAAAAAUAGGUAGAUGAUUAAAUAGAGUAAUUAAAAGGCAAACUAUUGAUUGUAGAAGACUCUCUUUAGUUAGCAAAUAGUAAAUCUCAAAAGCUAUAGGAAGAAAGUAAAAACUCUGAGCAAAUGAAUGAAUCACUUAAAAAUAAACUAAAGCAUUCUGAAGAUGCUCUUCAAAUUCAAAAGAAUCAAAACUAAUUACUUCAAGAUCAAAAGAAUGAGCUUGAAAGAAAAGUAGAAAAGUAGCUCUAACAAAUUCAAAUUUUGGAAGAGUAAAAGACUAAUUAUUAAGACUUAAUUAGUGAAAAAAAUGCUCUUAUUGAAUAAAACUGUAAGACAAUCUAAGAGCUCUCUUUUUCAAGGGAUAGCCAAAUCAAAAAAAUAGAAAAUUAAGUUAUUCAUUUCGAAAAAGAGUUUCACUAGGGCUUAGAAAGAAGAGAAUAAUAGCUAUGGUAGUAAUUCGAAAUGAAUAGAUAGAUUGGUGAAAAAAAUAAUGAGUUAGAGGAAGCAAAAAAGAAAGUUACAUAAUUGGAGGAAACUGUGUCUCAACUUAAAGGAGAAAUAAAGGUCAAAGAAAGUCUAUUAAAAACUACCACUUCUGAAUUGCAAGAAAAGAUUAGUAGUAUGCUUAAGAGCUAAGUAGAUAAUGAGUUAGCCAUAAAAAAGAGAUAUGAAUUCGAGAUUGAUCAAAUUUAAAGCAGUAUUAGAAAACAAGAUGAUUCUCUCUUAUAGCAAGCCAAGCAAAACAAUUACCUUCAAGAAAAAAAAUCAGAGUUAGAAAAGAAACUUGAGAAGCAGUCAAAGCAAAUCUAAGUGCUAGAAGAUCAGAUUCAUAAUUAUUAAAUACUAAUGAAUGAGAAGAAUAUAAUUAUAGAAUAGAAUAUUAAAUAAAUAGCAGAGCUAACAGCUUAAAAAGAUUAGCAAUCCAAAAAAAUGGAAAGCUAAUCAGCUGUUUUUGAAAAGGAGUAUUAGCAUGGAAUUUAAAGCAGAGAGAAUGAGUUGAAGAGAGAUUUUGAAGAAAUCUUAAAUAGAUAAAUUGAGGAGAAAAAUCAAGAAAUAUUUGAUAAAAAUCAAGAAAUUUAUGAAAAGAAUCAAUAGAUUGAUGAAAAAAUGCAAGAAAUAGAUGAUUUAUAAAGUAAGGUUAGAAUACUAGAAGAGAAUAAUUAAAUAUUAGAAAGAGAAAUCUCCAUAAAAGAAAAGAUGCUUAAGAGUUCAUCAGAUUAGCUACAUGGAAAAAUAUCCCACAUGCACAAAUCAUCUAUGGAGAAUGAAUUGAACAUUAUAAAGUAGUAUUAAAUGGAAAUAGAAAAGAUUCAAAAUAGUCACAAUCAGGUUGAGGAAUAUUUAUAGACUUAAACAAAGCAAAAUUAUCUGCUUUCAGAGCAAAAGGCCGAGCUUGAAAAGAAGAUAGAAAAAAUGUAGAAGUAAGUCAAAUAGUUAGAAGAAUAAAAAAGCAGCUACUUAGAGCUACUUAGUGAGAAAAGCACCUUGCUUGAAAAGAGUACUAAAGAGUACAGUGAAUCCAUAAAUCAAAGCGAAUUAUUUAAUAGAAAAAUAGAGUCUUAAGAAUAAAUUAUAAAGAGUCUGGAAUAAAGAGUAACUGAACUUUUGAAGUAAUAAGAUAAUAUUUUCCUUAAAAUAAAGGCUAUUGUUGAUUCUAACUAGCUAAAUUCUGCAAAAUUAUUUGAUGAAUCGUAAGUUGAUUAGCUAAUUCACAUAUUAGACCUUGCAAUUUCACGUUAGAAGGGUUUAGAGAAAGCAAAUAGUGGGGCAAAUCAAAGUUUCGGAACAGUGAGCUCUCCUCAAUUUACUAACUAUGAGUAAAUAAAGUUAUUACUAAAAUAUUUACCGAACUCCCUCUAGCAUCUAUUUAGUGCUUAAGAGCAAGCUCUUAUGGAUUUUAACUAAGAAACCAGCCAAGAUGCCUAUUCAAAUAAAUUGAUUUUUAAUUUGUAAGAUUAUUGCCAUUUGAUAGCAAGAAACUGGGUCAAUUUUUUAAAAGACUUGCAUAGUAUAUUUAAAAAUAUAGAAAACAAUGUACUUGACCUAUAAAAUGCUAUAGAUGCUUUGAAAAAUUUUGAUAUAAUGGGAAUAAUGGUUGUAUGCUAUAACUAAGUUGCAACUAACUUUGCAUAUUAUUAAGAAAAAUAUGACAAUCUGUUAAUUUAAUCAGGUUCUGCUAAUCCACUUCAAUAAACAUCUAGCUUUAACAACCCUAGCAAUAAUGCAUUUACAUAAUAACAGAAUACAGGAUUUGGCUCAAAUUAUUCUUCUGGUAAUCAACAAAGUAGCCAGCAAAACCAAAGCUAGACUCAUUAAAAUAAUGAAAAUUAAAUAGAAAUUAACAGCAUUAGGAAUGCAGUUAAGACAGCAGAAAAAUAUACAAGCAAAUUAGAAGAGAGAGUAGUGAGAAGCAAUAACUUUUAAUAGGUAUUACACGAUACAAAAGUCAUAAUGCAAGUAUUAGAAGAAAAUUUAUAAAACACUGUUCAAAGAUUCCUUAAUUCUUGUGUUGAACUAAGAUCAACUCCUAUGACAAAUAAAAAAUAUUUAUACUCUUCCUUCAAUUCUUUAUUGAUAGAACAUGCCCAAGAUGAAAUGAUCAACAUCAGAAAUGCACUUAAGUUACUUGAUCUUUUCUAUCUAAAUAGUCUAAAAGUAAGUAGAAAUGUUAUUAAAGAAAGAGGAGAAAAAAAUAAUAUAGUGAUAGCCCAAAUAAUAAAAAAAAUAUCAGAGUUAACCAAAAAAAAAUAGCAUUUGACUGCAUUAAUAAAUUAAGAUAUAGAAAAUUUAAGCAUAGAUAAAGUAAUAAAUCAUCUUAAAGAUAUUUAUAUUUAUAAUUAAAUUCCUAACAUUCCCUUAAUUCACUCUAAUAACACAGAUAAAAAGCAUCUGCUUUAAAAUCAAAUAUAUGAAUUAGCAAGAGAAAAUGCUGGCUACAAACUAGCAUUUAACUAAAUAUACAUGGCUUCUACUCGUCUUUCAUGA